UGUAUCCAAGAAAACAAAGAUGGCCGACAACUGGAACGAUGAAGAAUUGGGAAUACAAAAUGGGCAGUUUUCGCCUAUUGUUGAAGGCGGUUUUGUGCAUGUCGAUGGAGAAACACAUAUUUUGAAUUACGAUACAAAUGUUCUAUCACUUGAUCAAGACAGACAGGCUACAGAAGUGGCAACUGCUGCUGAUGAAGAUCAGCCUCAAAGCUCAUACUAUGAUUCAGAAGAAGAAGAGGAUGUCGAGCUAUCUCCUGAUGGAAUCUUAGAUGAGGAGACUAUUGGAAGAGGGAUGUCUAAUCUUGGAAGGUCAGCUGAUGGAUCACAGCAAGUUUAUCUUCACACAGCCAUUCCGGGAUUUUCUCUGAAAGACAUUUCAAUUUUAGCCAAUUACAUUCACCUGCAGAAAAUAGAGAUGCCUUACAAUGAAAUCACAGAUUUGUCUCCCUUGAAUGAUUUGAAGUAUUUGUUAAUACUAGAUGCAUCACACAACAAAAUUUCCAAACUUCUGGAUUUUUCACCACCGAAGAAUUUACAACAAGUGGACUUGUCCUACAAUGAGAUAGAGGAAAUGACAGAUUUGACACCACACCACUAUCUAAUGAGUCUUGUUCUAGAUCAUAAUAAAUUGAAGGAAAUUAAAGGUUUGGAGAAUUGUAAGAGGAUAACUAAACUCAGUUUAGCUCACAACAAGAUAGAUAAAAUACAAGGAUUGGAUAACUUACCUAUUCAGCAGUUAGAUCUUAGUCAUAAUCAUCUGAAGAAAAUAGAAAACAUAGAGACAUUAGACAGACUCAGAACAAUUAAUUUAUGUGGCAACAACAUAAGAAGUUUGAAGGGUUUAGAAGACCAUGAUUUGAUGGAGUGUAUUGAUGUAGAAGAUAAUGAGGUAAUAGAUAUCACAGAAAUCAAGUUUGUUAAAGGAUUACGGAUGCUGAGGCAGCUAAAUUUGUUACGGAAUCCCAUUCAAGAACUCCCUGAUUAUAGACUCUGCAUUUUAUUUAGACUUCAAAAUUUAACACAACUUGACAGACACAAAGUGGAGGUUGAAGAAAAGGUUGCAGCAGCAAAUAUGUUCAAUCCACCAUUAGAAGUUAUAGCAUCCAGAGAUCAUAUAAUGCAUGUUGUUUAUCAGUUCCUCCAACCAAGUAGAGUCUGGGACAGUACAUUACCAAGUGUAGAGACACCUUACCCAAUGUUAGUUCUAGUUGGACCCCAGGGAUCAGGGAAGAAAGAUUUAGCAAUGAAACUGGUAGAUGAAUUUGGGGACUAUUUUGGAUAUGGGAUUUCCCAUACAACUAGAAGACCACACCAGGAAGAAAAAAUGGGACAGGACUAUCAUUAUGUUACCCUUGAAAAGUUUGAAUAUGAUAUCAAAAUGGGUCAGUUUAUUCAGACUUAUCAGUAUAAUAGUAACUGGUAUGGCUUACAAAUGGAGUCUGUUGAAUGUGUUGCAAGAGAAGGUCUAGCUUGUGUUGUACACAUGGAACUCGAGGGUGUGCUUACACUUAAAAAUACCUAUUUUGAACCAAGAUAUGUGUUGAUUAUGCCAUUGAGUAAGGAUUCUCAUGAGAAACGUUUAAGAGACAGAGGGAUCUACACAGACGCACAGAUGGAUUACACUCUAAAGAGAUCAGACAUGUAUCUGGAAUACAACCAAGAACAUCCUGGAUUCUUUGAUAUGAUGAUCAACAGUGAUGAUAUCCAGGAGGCCUAUAGGAGGCUAAGAAGGUUAGUAACUGACUACCUAGGUAUCAGUUUAACAUCAGAACAAAGUGAAUCUGGAGAUGAAGAGGAAACAGUGGUAGAAGGACAACAAACACAGAUGGGAACCAGAACAUGGUCCAAGCCUAGUCUACCAGACAGUUUGUCUCAGCCAUAUACGAGGGGCAAAACACAAUCUCCUGUGCAGUCUGGCAGAGGAAUAUUGGAAGAGAUGUCCAUCAAAAGAAGACAUAGUGCUGCCAGGGAUGCUGUGUCUGGAUAUAUACCUCCAUUGUUUGAGCAGAUAACUACCCAGUACCCUAAGACAGCUCCACAGACUGUAGAGGGACAAGUGGGUCUAAAUGUCUCAGGAGAUCUUCGAUCAUUCUCUGCUCCAGUAGAGAAACCACUUCAGACAGGGGAGGAGGAAGAUAGUUCCAGUGAUGAUGAAUCUGAUUCUACUUUAUCUGUUGCAUCAGCUGGGGACAUGAAGUCAAAUUCUCCAGAUGGAUCAUUGCAUGACGGAAAAGGAUUUAAUUUACCAACAGACUCUGUGAAUCCAAUUAAUUUGAUGGAUGGAAAGGGAACUAAAAAAGAUCUCCCACCCCCUCUACAAAGACCACCAUCACAGGGACGGCCAGGGUCAGAGAAACAUAACGUUUUACCACCAAUACAUCCAGUUAAAGCAGGAUAUUGAUUUGGGAUUUAUUUCUAUUAUUCUGUAUUAUAUGUAAAAAUGAUGAAGAAGAGAAUGUUUAAAACCGGGUUAAUUUUAAGUUCAUUCUUAUUAUGUAUUGUAAAGCAUUGUUAACUAUAAGCAUUACUGAUUUUCAUACAUCUAGAACUUUUGAUAAUCAUGCCGUGCUAUUUAAUGUUAAAGAAAUGUGUUGAGAAAUCGUAAAGCAGUAUAUACAUUUAACUGAACUGUUGGGACUGAUAUUAACUAGGAGAUUUAUGAUUACUGCUAAACUGUCUGUGAUAUUUUAUUGAAAAUUAAAAUGUUUAUUGUCUUUUUGUAUAAAAAUGAGAAAUAUUACUAUAAACAUUUAAUAUAUUUUUGUUGUUUACUCUAAGAAAGUGUACUUUUUUUAUACAAACCAUGUGAAUUAAAACUGAGACAAGA